AUGCUGGACAAAACAUCCCUCCUGCUGUUCUACUGCCUUUCCGUGCACGCGUUGUGUUCGCCUUUGUAUCCAGCUUUACGAUCUGAAGACGGGUCGACCCUGCGGAGAUUGCUCAAUAUUUCACCAGAGGAGACCGACAGGGUUCAGAACGGAGAGCACUAUGAGGACACCGAGUCCCUUAUGGACACCACUGGGAAACGAACUGAAAGGCAUGCAGAUGCAGUAUUCACCAACAGCUACAGGAAGUUGCUGGGGCAAAUUUCUGCAAGAAAGCUUUUGCAGAGCAUAGUGGACAAAAGACUGGGUGACAGCGGCCUCCAGGAAGAUCUUGAGCCCUUAGUCAAGAGACAUUCUGAUGACAUCUUUACAGAUAGCUAUGCUCGAUACCAGAGGCAGAUGGCAAUUAGAAAAUACUUGGCUGCAAUUCUGGGCAAUCAAAGCAGACUUGGAAAUUUAAAUAUUCGGCAGCUACCUGACAGCAUCUCUGCAGUGCUGGAAGCAGAUUAUGGCACCAAUCCCACUUAUGGUAACUAA